GGCCUUAUGCAACUUCUGCAUAACAAGCCUGCACCAGCUUCACAGAGGUUCUGCUUUCUGUUCCAUCAUUUUCGGGUGAUGAUGCUCCUCCAGCGGAAUCUUCUUCGGCAGGGAAGCUACGAGGAUGGCCGAAUUCCCCGUAGAGUUUGAUAGGUUUGCAGGAAUUUAGCACUGACGCAGUCGCUCGAUAAUGCUGAUUUCGGUAUUUGCCGGGGCCGUGGGGUUGGCAGUGCACGUGGUGUUUUUGUUUUCCAUCUUCGACAUUUACUUUAAGUCCCCGAUCAUUCAUGGCUUACCCGCCUACGAAGUACCACUGCCCGCACCAGCGUCAAGACUGGUCCUCAUCGUCGCCGAUGGUCUCCGCGCGGACAAAGUAUUUGAGCUUCAGAAGAAUGGCACCACCAGGGCACCGUAUUUACGGUCCAUUAUCACUGAAAAGGGGAGCUGGGGCAUCUCCCACACCCGAGUGCCAACGGAGUCCCGACCUGGACAUGUGGCCCUCAUUGCUGGGUUCUAUGAAGAUGUCAGUGCCGUAACUAAAGGCUGGAAGGACAAUCCAGUGGAGUUUGAUUCGGUCUUCAACAGGAGCCGAUAUGUGUGGGCUUGGGGAGCUGCUGACAUGGUGCAUCUUUUCACUAAAGGAGAUCAUGGGAAGCGUGUCUUUGCCUGCACAUACGACAAUGAUGAAGUUGAUUUUGCCGACGAAGAUGCAUCCAGACUGGAUACCUGGGUUUUUGCAAAAUUUGAGGCAUUUUUGGCAAGUGCAUCUACCAACAAAACUUUGAAGCACAUGCUCCAGCAAGACAAGCUCGUAUUUUUCUUACACCUUUUAGGCUUGGACACCAAUGGGCAUGGAUACAACCCAGAUUCAAUGGAAUAUUAUGAAAAUAUUGCAUUAGUUGACAGGAACAUAAAAAGAGUGGUCCAGCUUAUUGAUGAAUACUACCAAGAGGAUGGAAAGACGGCCUACAUUUUCACAUCAGAUCAUGGAAUGACGGAUUGGGGUAACCAUGGUGCAGGGAAUCCCUCAGAGACGGAGACACCUCUUAUUGCCUGGGGAGCAGGCAUUGGACAAACACGGUUAUCUGGCAAAGAUGGUUACUAUGACGGUUAUUCUGAAGCAUGGAACUUGUCCUUGUACAGGAGAGUGGAUGUCAAGCAAGCUGACCUAGCUCCGCUUAUGGCUGUGCUCCUGGGCAUAGCCAUUCCAAUCAACUCCCUUGGGUUGCUGCCUGUGGAAUACCUCAACCGGGACUCACAUUUCAGGGCCGUAGCCCUCCUAACAAAUGCACGACAAAUUCUGGCACAGUUUAAACAACAAGAACAUAAUGUGCAAGAAACUACAUUUUCUAUUUUCUUUCGCCAGUUCAAAGAGCUGAUGCCAAAAAGAGAAGUGGAGCUUACUGAGAUGAUGGAAACCUUAUUGAAACAGUCGAGGUACAAAGAAGCGGUGCAAGUUAUUGAAAAGUUUAUUGAGCUGGCCUUGAAAGGGCUUACCUAUUACCAAAAAUAUGACAGGCUGACCUUAAGCAUUGCUGUGGCACUAGGCUUCGUAGGCUGGAUGACCUUCGUCAUAUUGCUGCUGCUGCGGAAUUACACUGGCAUCAUGUGCAAGUCGCUGGAAAGCCAGUCCAAAAAAAUGACACCAGAGUGGCAAGGGAAAAUCAAGAUACUCUCCAGUUCCACUUUGGUGAUCUUCUUGUCAAGUGUACUUUUAUAUGUACAAAAUGCACCAUUCAUGUACUACUUCUACUUCCUAAUACCGAUCGUGCUGUGGACAAUGGUUCUCUAUGAGUUGGAUGUGUACUAUGAAGCUAAGGCCUACCUAAGACGUUUUGAGGUGAAGAUGUGGUUCCUAGCUCUCGCAGUGCUAGCUGUGCUUGGACUUGAACUUUUGGUCAUCACAUUUUUCUACAGAGGAGUGAUGUCUUUGGGACUGGUAUUUAUUGGACUGUGGCCCUUCACCACACAGUUAUCGAAGAGAAUGAGUGUUGCUUGGUUGGCUGGUUGUCUGGCUCUUGGCGUGUUCCCUCUUUUACCAGUGAUUGGCAAGCAGCACAACUACACUCUGGUCACUUUGACUGGCUGGAUCAGCAUAAUCAUAUUUGCCUACUGUGCGAGAAGGUCUGAACUAGGCUUGGUAAGAAAUAGCAGGCAGAUCUCUAAAGAGCCACAAAGGGCUAUCGUCAUUACAGUGCUGCAGAUCAUCCUGGUCUGGGUGGCAAUAACAAUUGUGAAAAGUACUGCUGACAGCAUUGAGCAUAAAGAGGGCCUUCCUCUAUUUAACCAGAUUUUAUCUUGGCUACUUCUAGUUCUUUCACCAGCGCUGUGUCUCUUCUCCACCACAAGUCUAUUCAACCGCCUGCUAAACUUGACAUUAUCAUUGCUUGUUCCAUUUCUCCUCAUGUGCAUAUUCUACGAAAGCCUCUUCUUUCUGACUUUAUGCCUUGUGAUGUUCCUCUGGAUCUGCAUCGAGCAUCAGUUGUCAGGCUCAACCUUGAGGCUUCAAGACAUGACUUUUGAGUACCAGAGCAGCUCCACUCAGGCCAAGAAUGUGACCUACCACAUUAAGAUUGAUGACGUCCGGAAAGCAUACUUCUUUAUGUUUUUUAUGCUUGUUGCAUUCUAUGGAACAGGAAACAUUGCGAGUCUCAACAGCUUUUCAAUAUCCAGCUUCUACUGUUUCAUGACAGUCUUCAGGCCAUUCACAAUGGCUGCCAUCUUGCUCAUCAAGGUUCUUAUCCCUCUGCUCAUUGUAAGCUGCGCAUUCAGAGCACUUCUUCAGUCUAUCCGAGUGUCAAACACUGCACUCUUCCUCUUAGUUUUCAUCAUGUCGGACUUCACAGCCUUGCACUUCUUCUUCCUGAUAAAGGACAGUGGCAGCUGGCUUGACAUUGGCAUGUCCAUCAGCCACUAUCUGCUCUCCAUGGGAAUGUUCAUUUUCACAGCAGUGUUCCAUGGGCUGGCCUGGUUCCUUACUACAUUCUCUCUGGACUUUUCUGGACAUGAGUUCAAGCGCCACCUUUUGUGACACAUUCCGAGCCUAGUGUUUUACAAGCAAUUUGGUGCCAUCUCCUAUGGGCAGGAAGUGUGAAGGCUCUUUUACACAAUGUCUUAAUCUUUCAAUGUUACCUUAAACAAAAACAAUGCAAAAAGGUGAUUAUGCAAAGAUGUAUGAGGUAACGUAAGAUCAUUCUGGUUUGUGGUGUUUUGAAUGGUUAACAGUAAGUGUCUAGCAAGUCUGAAUAUGCAUGGCAAAAAGGUGGUAGAGGCUGACGGUAAAUACUUUAAAAAAAUCUCACAUACAAGUCUCCGAAUAAUUGGUAGCUCUUCUUUCUUGCUAAAAUAUUUGCUUUUUAGGGCUUUUUGAGAGAAGUAUGUUAACAAAUCAUCAAUGAGCGUUUGUGGGGCUGGUCUUGAAUUUUUUUUCCAAGUAGGUGUGUAAGUUUUGUUUACGUGUGUAUUAGUGUUAAUGGACCUUUAUUGCAUCUAGGGGGACAAUAAACGUUUUUUUUUUUACUUUAGAUAAAUACCUUCUAGAUUGAAAUCUUGAUCAUAAUAUUCAAAGCAGGCAUUGUUGAUUUUUUUCAUAAAAUCAUAAAAUCGAGUGUAUUAGCUGUCACUGCCAUAAUUGUACCGAAGUUUGCACCCGAAUGUCUGCCAAUGUAUUGAUUGCACACGACGCCAAGCACAGACACUGUUUAGGUCCAACCUGUAAGUUGGUUUUCAACGUAUUUUUGACAAACAUAUUUUCCAAAAAAAAAUAAAAAAAGACGCCAUUUUUUUUUAAACUAAAAAGCCGUAUUGAAGCUUAUGCAUCAUAGUUUUACAACUUUAUAUGCAUCAAAGUUAAAACCAUUACAUUGUCCCCUUAAUCUUUAAAACAGUUUGCUAUAUGAUGUAAGAGUUCAUAUGAAGCACAUAAGUAACCGAAUCUGAUAUAAAUAAAAAUCCUGAAUCAACCAAGUAUCUUAACAAAAUGUUGGCUGCUAGUCAAAGGCUACCCAGGAGGUUUCUUUUUUGAGUAUGUAAUGUAGAGGAAUGUAUCUAUCAAGAUGUUUAUUCCUCUUCUAAUAACUCCAGGCCACUUUAAAACAAUCGUAAUUUAUAUCCUACUAAAUAAUGUUAUUCACAUUACUGCAAAGCCAGUGCGAUGUCCCAGUCACUUUUGAAGCUACUUUGACAAUGGAAUAUCUCCUUUGAAACUUGUAGAUUAUUUAUAACGCGUGGGAACUGCCUGACAAGACCUGAGGGCGCAAGACAAGCGAUUGUAUGGUGUUCCAAGUGGUGAUGUGACCGAAAAGUAAAAAAGCUUGUUCAUUGGCUACA